AUGCCGCCAGCGGGGGGACUGCUCUGUGGGGCCACCGGAUUGGCUCUUCUUCUCGCCGUCACCGUCACCGACUUCUGGGUGACACGAGGGACACCCCAGGGCCCCGUCAGCCUCGGGCUGUGGCGCCAAUGCCGGGGGGACACCUGCAGCCCCCACACCGGCACCCCCGGGCUGUGGGAGGCCUCGCGGGCGCUGCUGCUGCUCUCGGUGCUCUCGGCUGCCGUCGGCCUCGGCCUCGGGGGCUCCGUGGUGCUCACCCAUCGCUGGCGGGGGAGAGCCCGCGCGGCCGGCGUCGCCCUCCUGCUGGCGGGGCUGCUGGCGCUGCUGGGACUGGGGCUGUACACGGGCUCUGCGCUGAGCCUCCUGGCACGGGAACGCACCCCCUGGCGCUUCUCCUGGUCCUACAUCCUGGGCUGGGUCGCCGUCGUCCUCACCAGCUUCGCAGGGCUUUUCCACCUCUGUGCUGCUGUCAAGGACCAGUCUCCGGAGAGCUCGGAAGUGACAAAUGCCUGA